ACUAAAUAAGCUCAUUAUAUUUGUAUAUUUAGAAAAAUUCAAAUAAAAUUUUGAACUACGUUAUAUUUUUGUUUGUAAUAUUUUUAUAAGUUGCAAUUUAAAGAGCCUGAAAAACUAUGUAUUUUAAUUGCUCAAAAAAUUUGUGAAAGCAUUUAUUGAAUGCUCAUUUAUUGAGAUCUGGCAAUUAUGUUGAAAUGAAGGCAGUCUAAGCUGUAUAGAAUACAAAAGAAAUUUUUCUUAAAUAUUUUUUUUAAAUUUGCCAAUGAACAAUUCAAAUUAUUUAAUAAUACAAAAACCUUUGAUAGUCAUUGUGCUUCAAAUAAUGUUAAAAAAUAAUUUUUAGUUUUAAACUUCCAUAGAAAAGCGAUUUGUAGUUUCGAAUAGAGUCAACUAUGGCUGAAAUCAGACAUAUUGAUUUGUACGAGUUCCUUGUGGAGUCUGAACUUCAACAUUAUUAUAGUUCAAUUAAGGAUGAAUUGAAAAUUACAAAUGCUUCACAUUUAAAAUAUGCCACCGACGAAGAUCUACGGCAAGUUGGUUUUUCCAAGCCAGAGAUCAGACGAUUACGAAAGUUUUACGAAAAAUAUUACCCUCAUGGAUAUCUCAGCAAAAUUAAACGUCUGUUGCAACCACCGAUUAGGAGAGAUGAUAAUCAAAUGAAUUCGUCAGUUAGUUCGACAGAAGCAACCAAAGUGAUAACUCUCCCUAGCAAAACUCCUACUCAAAAGCACAUUAUACCCGCAGAUUUGAUUAGUGUGAACAAACAACUUGGAGCAGGUGAAUUCGGUGUUGUGCAGCAAGGAGUUUGGACAAAUGGAACAGAGAGAAUACAAGUAGCUAUCAAGUGCUUAUGUCGUGAAAGAAUGCAAUCUAAUCCUAUAGAAUUCUUAAAAGAAGCUGCUAUUAUGCAUGCAAUUGAACAUGAAAAUAUUGUUAGGCUGUACGGUGUUGUGUUAGAUACUAAUUCUUUGAUGUUGGUAACUGAGUUGGCUCAUUUAAGAUCGUUACUUGAAUGCUUAAAAGAUCCGGGACUGAGAGUAAAUUUUUUAACUGUUCCAACUUUGUGUGAAUUUGCUAUGCAAAUAUGUAAUGGAAUGAUGUAUUUGGAAAACAAACGAUUAAUUCACAGAGAUUUAGCUGCGAGAAAUAUUUUAGUUUUUAGCAAAAAUAAGGUGAAAAUUUCUGAUUUUGGGCUUUCAAGGGCCCUAGGAGUAGGGAAAGACUACUAUAAGACUAAUUUUAACGUAAAUUUAAAAUUGCCCAUUGCAUGGUGUGCUCCGGAAUGUAUAACAUUUUUAAGGUUCACCAAUGCUUCAGAUGUUUGGGCUUACGGUGUCUGCUUAUGGGAAAUGUUUUCUUAUGGAUUUCAACCAUGGGCUGCUCUAACCGGUUUGCAAAUACUAGAGGCAAUAGAUGACCCUAAUUUCCAACGUUUGGAACAACCAGAAUGCUGUCCUAAAGAUUAUUACAAUUUAAUGCUACGAUGUUGGCAACAUGAAUCCACUAAAAGACCUAAAUUUAGUGAAAUAUAUUCGUUGUUGCCAGACAUGAAGCCGGAACAGUUGAAAACUGUCAUAAAUAAUUGUGAACCGAAAAAAGAUCAUUUGUUGUACCUUCAAGGAGAAAUUAUAACUGUGUUAGAUAAAAAUAGCAACUCACCUUUUUGGAAGGGUGUUUUAAAUUCAGGAAAAACAGGGCUAUUUAACCCUUCAAACACAGUAGCUUAUUUGGAAGGUCUUCCAAGCUCAACAAAUAGAGAUGGAUUCUUUCGCACGAGUGAGCGCUUGAGUAAGAAGAAACUACGAUCAGAAAUGAUUUCAAUGCCGCAGAAUGAUUUAAAACACACCUUACAUAUUGGAUUAGAUGGAGCUUAUUUCGGUGAUGUGUCACUUUUGGGUAGUUCCCAACAAACAAAUCCCUUACCUAAACAAAUAGUUACGCCAUAUAAACCUUCAGAAGAUAUCGAACAAACGCCGCUCCUGUUACCACCAACGCCUACCAGUCCCGAUUCUAUACAAACUGCCAGCACAUAUUUUCCUGAAGAAAACCAAACAAUAUCCCAAACGAACCCGUCCUUUAUAAACUCAAAUCAAAACACUCCCCAAAAUCAUAAUUUCCAUCACACUUUUGAUUUUCCGCCAAAACAAACGCAAGCUUUCAGUUCUUCCAAUCCCUUUGCUUCUGAGGCUUUUAAUAGUCAAAAUUCUUCUUCCAAUAAGAAAAUUGAAAUAAAUGAAAAUGUAGUGUUCACCAAUCUUGAAAACGAUUCUUUAGUACAAAAUUUCAAAUCAAACAAUAAUAUUAAUUGGCCAUUAUCUGCCUCUGAAGGAGGUGGUAUUGAAACUCAACAUGAGUAUCAUGAAAUAUCUGAUGAUGAAAUGAUUGUUGAUAAAUUUGAUUACGGUCCAUCUUUAUUAGAUGAAAUAAAUUCAAUGUUUGGCUGCAUAAACAUGGCAAAUGAUGAAAUUAGUUUGGCCAAAUUACAAGGAAAUUUAAAUAGCCCAAAAACGGGUGAGGUAGUUGAUUUACAUUUAAAAACAAAUAGAAAACUGAAUGGUAGUGAUAACAAUGGCAAUAAAGCAAAGAAGAAAACAUGUGGUACGGUUAAACCAAUAUCUGUGAAAGAUGAAAAAAUUCUAAAUCAAGCAAUAGAAAUAGCGAAUGAAAUUAGUGCCAAGUCUAUGACAGAUUUAGUUUCGGAUACAUCCCAAACUAUGAGAAGCCCAAAAAGAAAAUUUAGUUUCCGUCUUCCACAUCUCACACAUAAUACGAUUGGAAAAGAUCUCACUUUACCUAGUUAUUCUAUAAACGGUUCCAAUGGAACUUAUAAUUCUCAAUUAAAAGAAAGAAAAAAAUUUUCUGAGGAACUUCAAAGUAUUUCUGAUUUACAGCGUUUUCGUUCUUUAAGUGAAAUUCAAACGUCAGGUUUAAAUAUUCGUAUUCCAAUAUUCGAUAAAGAGUCAUCUGAUUUCUGUUUUAAAAAAUCAAGAGAAAUUUUGAGUCGUCCUAUUGAUAUUGAAAAAUUUAAUACAGGGAAAAUACUUGACAAAAAAACGCGGGAUCUAAUUGAUGAAAAUCUUUUAGAUAUAGAAAAUACAUUAAAUGCAUUAAAUUUAGAUUUUAUACAAACUUAUAGUGAAUUGGAAAAAACUGAUUCGGUUGAAACACUAUUAGCUGAUCAAUUAGUUAACUUAACGUCAAUUGAUUCCAAUGAUUGUAAUGGUAAAUUAUCAUCCUCAUCGUCAAAUCGCUCAAAAUUACAAAAUAUAUAUAAUUUAAACAGUGAAAUUGCUAAAUUAAAUGAAAGUCAGUCAGAAUUAUCUUCUUCCGUUUUAGUAGAUAAACAGUUUACCAACAACUCAACACAACUUUAUAAUAAUUUAGUUGAAAAAUUAGAAGACAAAAGGAGCACAACUCCAGAUACUGGUUUCGCAUCUAGAGAGACUAAUUUGUCCUUAUCGAGACGUAGCAGCCAAAAAAGUAAUUACAGUCCCCAAGAUUCAUUUAGUUCAAAAGAAGCUCCAACAUUUUCAAAUCCUUUUGAUUCAAGAUUUUAUUCUAGUAUUAGAAAUGAACAAAAAAAUAAUCAAAAAAUAUUAAAAAAAAUGGAGAAUCAAAUUUCACCAUUGAAAAAUGUAAAUAAAAGUAAUAAUUCACUUUAUAAUCAGUUACAACAAAAUUCUCCAGUUGGAGAAUACAGUGGGAGCAGACAACGCUCUAUGUCGUUUACCGAUAAUUAUCAAAUAAAAUCCCCUGCUCUUUCAGAGCCUCAAAUGAGAGUAAGCGCAGGAAUUACAAAUGACAAAACAAAAAAGCCUAACGAUAAACUUUGUAGUCCAAGAAGUGUUACAUCUUUUCGUUAUAAAAAUAUCCAAAAUAAUGUCAAUCCAUCAACAUUAGUUUGUAAAUCGCGUAGUGUUAAAUCAAGAACUUUGCGUCGAUUACGAAGAUUAAGUUAUAAUCCUAUAGUGGUGGAAACUUCUUCAUCAAGUGAAAGCGAUUUUGAUCGUAGCAUAGCCCAAUCAGAAUGCGAUAUUCGCUCUAAAGUUUCUGUAACCUUAAGGAAACGAAGGCAAUUAUUUAAUCGUAAAGCGUUUUCCUCUGGUACAGAUGAACUACCACAUGAAAAAAUAUAUGGGUCUAAUGCUAGUAUCAAAUCAGCUCCACACUAUAAUUAUAAUAAAGAUUUAGAAAUGGAAAAGUAUAAUUAUUUAGCACAAAAUUUAGAAACUGCCGUUAAUUAUAAUGAAAGAAUUUAUGAUUUUGGCAAUCAAUAUCGUGAUCCUAAAGGCAAUUUUCAUGGUUUCAAUAACGUCAUAAAGCCUCCUAGAGCAUUUUCUACAAUAAAUCAUAAUACUAAUUAUGCAAGAGAGCAAUUAUACUCAGAAUUUGAUGUUAGUAAGUUAACUGGGAAAAGUCCAACUUCUAUUGGCACAAAUACAACAGGAACUGGUAGUGGAUAUUCGGUAGAUAAUAAUAGAUUACGUAAUAAUGUAUUACAGAAACAACAAAUAUCGUCAAGUACUAAAGCUGCUGAAAUUGUGAGUACUAUUAACAGUAACAUUGGCGAUAAAAUUUUACCUCCCUCCUCGAAUCCUCUUUUUCAAUGGCCAGAAAAAAUUCAUGCGUCAACUGUUAAACAAAAUGAACUUAUGUGGAGGCAACUACAAGCAGUUAGCGCACAGAGUGCCCUGUUUGGCAAUAUCAAAGUUAAACAAGCUUUUUCAAGUAAAAGUUCCUCUUCCGAUUCAGAUGAUUCUAAUUACAGAAAUAAAUUUAUACCAAGCCCUGCUCCAUAAAGCUGAAUUUAGUUUUUUCUUUUUUAAAUUUAUUGAAAAUUGAUUAGCCUUAUAAAUUUUUAACCUAAAAAAAUAUAAUAAAAAUAAAGUUCUUGUUCGAAUUUAUAGAAUAUUUCUGGAAUAUUGGCAAUAUGCUCUUAGUUGCAUAUGCAUUUGUAAAUGUACAUGUCUGCAUAUACAUAAUUGUUAUGUACAUUGUGUUUAAAUGCUUUGCAAAUGUUUGGUAAUUCGAUUAUAAAAAAAAGACUUUCAAAAAGUAAAAAAAAAAUUUAUAUAAUUAUAAAAAUAAAAAUUUUGUGAUAGAAUUUAUAAAAAAAAAUUGAGAGUUUUGCAUUUGACACGUUGUCGCUGCAAUUUUUAUAUUACAAACAUUAAAUUUCAAAUUAUUAGAUGUAUACGAAAUUGGGAUUUUGUACAUUUGUAUUUUGUAAGCAUUGUUAUUUCCUGUUUUUCUCCUGUCGCAUAUUUUUUAAUUUAAAAAUCACAGACUCUUUUCAUGUAAUUUUCUAUUUGGUAGCUGAAUACGUGGAGCAGAAAAUAACAGUGCCUAGAAGAUACAAUUUUACAGACAGCCAUUGAAUUUGAAAGAGUUUAUUAUGAAAUAUGAAAUAUAAACUGCGUUAAUUGGCUUUGAAAAACUUUGAAUUUUAAAAUUUAACUUAGUUAAUUUCCAAUUAUUUUAAAAGAUUUCAUUAUUUAUAUUUUUAUUCGUCAUAAAUAAUAAUAAUAAUCUAAUAAUUUUCAAUAAAAUAUGAAUUUGAAUUGUAUUCGAAAUUUUUUUGACUAUUGGAGAAAAAAACGCCGUUAUUAUGGUUCAUUGUAUAUUAAUCACCAAAGUUAUGCCAUUACAAACAUUUAAAAUCAAUUGAUAUUAUAAAAGAAUAAAAUAAAAAUAAUAAUUAACCUUUUUAUUGACUUACUAAUUAUUAUACAUAAACAUACAUAUAUAAGAUAAAUUUAACAUAUACAUACAUACAUAUAUAAGUAUAAAAUUAAAUAAAUAUAUAUACAAGAGAAAAAUAAUGAUUCUUAAUUUAAAAAACAACAACCUUUCAA